GUCGUGCUUCGUUCGUUGCUCAAGAAGUAGUGUGCCAAUCGCAUCUCCCGCCUGCCAGUUCCAGUUGUAUUCCAUACAAACCUCCAUCGCGAAUUCGAUAAUCGACCGUUUUUUGUAUUGUUUCAAUCUGCGCCACCUUGCUUUGCGGAGCCAAUCUUACGUGAGCUCGUUAGUCGUUACUGAUAUUUUUUGGAGAAUAGUUGAUGUGUCUUGGUAGCUGUGGGAUAUGAUUACUGAUCAGUGCAAAUCAAAGAGCAGUUGCAAAAUCUGUGCUAAGAAAAGUUAACAAGAAAUUGAUCUUGAAGAAGAAGAGUGAAAUAAUAAUCCAAGUUCCGUGUAUUCGUCUAAUGAAAAGAAAAGUAAUUGCAAGUUUAGUUGCACCGAAAGAGGAUGUUGAUUCGAGUUGAGCAAUAAUCAAAGGUAGGAGAAGAAGAGUAAGUACAGCGUAAAUAAAUCCGCUGACGAGAGCACCAAGUACAGUGAAGUGUAGUGCAAAUAUUUUCGUUGAAUAUUUCAACCCUACCGACGACGACUGCGGCAAUCGUAAACUACGGUGUAGCUAUUGGAUGCUGACAUUGAGUGAUUCGAUCAUUCGUAACGACGUAAAGUGAACGAGAUCUUCGAUUCAGAGUGAUCUUCAUGUGCUGACGUCACAUUCGCACUCCAGCCGGACAACAGCAUCGUAGUAGGUGUUGGAGAUUGGAAUCUUUUACGGCAGCAGUGUCGACGUAAUCGCACUGGAGAGGGAGAACCGGGCGAGCAACAGUAUCAACAACAACAUGAUCAUCGAUCAUCAUUGAUCAAAUCGCAAGGCAACGCUCCGAGAAAAGACAACACGCGCAUUCGAUCAGCUUAGCUUGGUUUGGUUCGUUCGUCAUUGGCAGAUCCUUCCACCCCUCGCGAACUUCGCUCAGUCAGUGAAACCGCCCUACCUAUUCCCCGUGCGGUGUAUUUUGUUUCGUCACGCAAGGGUUCGUCGCGAGAGAUCGGUCUCUGCGGUUUUAGUUCUCCGCAUUGAAUCAGUUCACCUGCGGCAAACGGCAGGUUCAACGGCUCCGGAUCUUGCGAACUGGUGGGUGACGAUCGGACGAUCACGGCGACGCGUUUUGGGAGCAGAGUGGAAGGCGUGCAGUUUUUUUUUUUUUUGAGAGUCUUUGCAGAGACCUUCCCUCGGUGGUUCUUGCACGAAAACCGGUUGGAACGUCGCGGACGAGCUGACCUCUUCUUCGUCGUUGCCUCAACUGCUAGCUUAGCAGCACAGCCUCGGACUGGUUCAUUCAGGCAGAUAUAAGCUACCCCCAAGGUGGUAACAGACAGUGAAUGGGUCAUUUGCGAAGCGGAUCUUGUGCGCUACGAUAAAUAUUACACCGACACGAAAGACGACCGCGACGACGACAAAGACGACCGGAGAAAACUGCCGCUGCUGAAAGUUCCUAUACUUGCGAAACGGAGGAGCUUUGCUUUAAGAGGACAAGGAUCUUAUAUUUAUUAGUGCGACGAGAAAUAGAAAGAUGCUUAUCACCAGCAACUACAGUCAAAAGCAAUACCUGGACUCACUAUGCGUAACCGAAGCCGAAGACUCCAGCUACGAUAGUGACUGCGAUGGCGAUGACCUUUCACACGAACAAGUAUCGCGGACAACCAGCGACACGCUGGGCCAGGAAUUCGCCGAAUAUGUCAGCCAGUCGGACUCCCACCCGCAGCAGUUAGACCGCUCGCCCGGUUAUACGCAGCGAGUAGAAUUCGCACUCAAGCUGGGUUACACAGAACGACUCGUUCAAGCCGCGCUGCAGCGGCUUGGCCCCAAUCCUGCCCAGAAUGAAUUACUGGCGGAACUGAUUAAGCUGGGCUCGCAACCCGGCACCAAGGGUUCCGGGGAGUUCAGCGCCGAUGGGUGUCUUAGUGAUUCGCUGAUGGCCGCCUCGACAGAGUACGGAGCAACCGUUCCGAUCGGAACGGGGAGCAGUUUAGGGGGGAUGUUGGGCAGUGUCAGCGGUGGUAGUGCUAGUGGUAUCAGUGCCAGUGAAGAAUCUCUUCGUCCAAUAGUGAUAGAUGGUAGCAAUGUAGCCAUGAGUCAUGGCAAUAAAGAAGUGUUCUCGUGCCGGGGCAUCCGGUUGUGUGUAGAUUGGUUCAAAAAUCGGGGACACAAAGAUAUAACGGUAUUUGUGCCUAAGUGGAGGAAGGAGAGCGCCCGUCCGGACAAUCCGGUUAAGGAUGGUGAAAUACUGAAUGAGCUCGAGAAAGAACGUAUGCUGGUGUUCACUCCCUCGCGAUUGGUUGGCGGCAAACGAAUGGUGUGCUACGACGAUAGAUACAUAUUAAAGCUUGCUGCCGAAAACGACGGUAUCGUGGUGUCAAACGAUAACUACCGUGAUCUUGUGCAGGAGAGUUCCGAAUUCAAAAAAGUGGUCGAAGAACGAGUGUUGAUGUACUCGUUUGUCAACGAUCGCUUCAUGCCACCUGACGAUCCACUCGGCCGGUCCGGACCCACGUUAGACAACUUCCUGCGAGUGCAGCCUCGCAAGGGAGAUCCUCCUCCGCCGUGUCCAUAUGGAAAGAAAUGCACCUAUGGGAACAAAUGCAAAUUCUAUCACCCGGAGCGGGGCAGUAUGCCACAUAAAUCCGUAACAGAACGCUUGUCGGAGUACGCGGCUCGCCAUCUGCAGGCUCGAAGUAGCGGCACGGGUUGUGACGGGGCAGCAACUGGGAGCGCUCGUACGGUGGUGCAGGGGAAAUCGCUUAGUGUUCCCUUGUCGAAUAGUAGCAAUGAAACUAGUCCAAUCAAUGAUAAACGGAAAGCUUUGUGUCGCACAAGAUCUAACGUUCCACCAGAAACCGGUAGCUCCAGCUCGAGUUCCAGCAUAUAUGGUGUAAACCCAGGGGAUCAACUACAACAACAACAGUUACAUCUCCAGCAACAUCCCUUCAUGCCAACACCCAAUCGAUCGAACUGGGACCUUUCGCCUCUCUCGCUGCCUCCGCACAACUUAGUCGAUUCACAAAUCUUCCCUAAAUCUCAUAGCAUAGAAAAUAUCUCCAAGGAGGCAUACAAUCAGCUCCACCAUUCGAAUAGUUACAGUGCAUCACUGUGGAAUCGACAGCAACAACAGCAGCAACAGCAACAGCAGCAAGCACAACAAUCCCAGUCGCAGCAGCAACAACAAACACAACCAGUAGAUCCAUGUGAUCGUAAUGUAGUAGAUUCUAGUGUAAAUCUACAUCGUAAACUGCAGCGUCAGUUAACGCUGAACCCAGCCGGGUGUGACCCUCGAAUAUAUCAGAUGCAGCGAAACGCGGGUGCCAUUGGUCAACAGCAGCAACAGCAAGGACCUACCACGCUGCAGUUAUCUCCCCAUCGACCGUUGGCCCCUUCGUUAAGUGGGGGAGCUCGUGCCAACCCGGGCGCUCAGUGGGAUCUGCAUCAGAACGUAACCCGUAUUGCCUCAGCGCCGGAUCCAUCCCGACCGUGGCACACGGGACCCCCGCCGGCAUCGUCCUCCGAACCACACAUAAAUCUGUGGCCACCGCCUGCACAGCAACAGGUUCCAGGGAAUGUCGGUACGGGCGUUAUUGGGCCACCACAGGCGCCUUCACCAUCGCAAGCUGCCGCCCAUCAGCAGCUGCAACAAGACCAGAGGCGUCGGCUGCACUACCAUCUAGCCAGUAUCUUCCCGGAAGAACAGGUUCAAACGGUGCUGCAGAUGUACCCGGAUGAAACCAAUCCGCAGAAGAUCUGCGCCGCCAUUCUGGCCAUGUUCCCGAAGAUGUAAAAUGCGACCAGUAAGUCCACCACCAUUCUACCUGUGUAUGUGUAGGUGUAAAUAUUGUUACCUCGUUCGAUAUUGCGGAUCCUGGUUUUUCUUAGGCGUUACUUAUAGAAAUCGUUAUCAGCUCCGUUGAUGUUUCUUAAGGUGAGAGGGAGAGAGUAAUCUAUUUGACACAAAGAAUGUUUGGGAUAUGUUCUUUUUAUGAUUGUCCGAUAUUAUAUUUGUUUGGGACUGUACACAAUCGGAGUAGUUUGGUGCUAUAAUCUUAUUUUCGUAAUAUGAAACAUGCCUUAAUCAUUGUUUUUAUGGCAUUUUAUAAUUUCCUAUGUCUUCCGUGAAAUACACUGUCGUGAAUCGCAUACCUGUCCCAUCUUUGCUGGGUUUCCUAAUAUGCGAUUCACGACAGUACAUAUGUAUUUCACUCUCAUCGAGUGUUUUGCACUUGAAAUAUAAAGUCGUUUUGAUAAAUCAUAGUAAUGUUGGAAACCGAGGAUGUAAAUGUUAUACAAUAGCAUUUCGAGCAGUGUACACUUUGUUGUAAUUAGUUUUAUCAAGCUUCUUUGUGUCAUCUGGAUUACCUGAUCAUUAUUUCCUUUGAACCUCCCUUCCCUAUUAUAUGUGCUUUGUUCAUAAGAGCACAUGCAAUAUCUGUUUUUAAUGUUUAACUUAAGAUGGAAUACUCAGCCAGUGUUAUAUAGAAACAAAACUUUCUGAUUAUUAGGUGCCAAAAGUCAUUUCUUCCCUAAACACCUACACACUUUUGCGGAACCGAAUUACAGAUGUGCAGCAUUAUUCAAUUGUCGCUUCCAAUCUAUGACAUAAUUCCAAUUUUAUAGAGAAUAAUGCAAGCUUAGUACUAACCACUCAUGAAAACUGAAAUUCUAUUCAAACGUCUGCAAAAAAUCUAAUCUCAAGUCUCUAGCACAAUUUUUCUCUAAAUACAGAUAGCAUUUUCUUUUUACAAACUUUUUACCAUUAAUCUAGUUAUAUAUUCCUAACCCCCUUUUAUAAACAAGAUGCACAUACUAUUAUGGACUAUUUAAUCGUUAAAUGUUAAUUAUGUUUUUAUUUCAUCCUCGUUGACAUUUAUUAGUAAAUCAAGCACAGCUGAGAAAUCUUUCUCUCAUUUCAAUCUACGACGCUUGUUACAGACCUAUCAUAUCCUACAAUAUUAUAGUAUUGGUAAUCAAUACACGAUUUCUGUUUAGUGGUUUCUAUCUUUCUUCAUAACUAAACAAGACAGUCUACACUAACAACGUUCAAACAAAACCACAUAAUUAGUAUUCCAAAAAUUCUAAAUGCAUCUGCCAGUAGAUGGAGACGGUUACAGACCAAUGAACGAUGACACCAGAUAUAGGAGAAAUGGUGACGUCAUUGAUCAAAAAAAUGUUUUCCUCACCUCACGGUAUAGACUUUAUUGGCUAAAGACCCCAACCAACUCCGGAAACAAUUCCGUGUAACUUCAUAUUGAAGCACUUUUGUUGCGUGCAGACUCGUGAUAACCAUACUUACUACUUACAAAUGUACUGUACCAACAUACAUUAUACUAGUACUACUAAAAGUAACGAUAUAUGGCCGUCUUCUUCCAAUACUUCGUUCGAUGGUUCGGUAUUAGUGUAUCACGUGUAUGUGCAACAACACUAUCGUUAUGCUCCUGAUCAACAUCAUCAGUAUUGUUCUCGUUGUUCUAAAAUGACUAGCGGGUUUUAUGUGACUCGAAAUGCGAGUGUGCGAUUUUUAAACAUUUCCAUGGAAGCUCGCUCAUACCAGCUUCUUGGAGAUCGCUGUAGAUCUAUUGAUAGAUAGUAGAGAAAGAGGCAUUUUAAAACGAAACGAACUAAAUUUACAAAGCAACUCGAACAACUGUUUCUUCCUUUCUUCCUGAAACGAUCGUUAACAGCCAAGAGUUUUACAAAAACAAAAUAGAAUGUGGGUAAUUCCCGCAUUCAACGCUACCUGUGUAUAUUGAAGAAGAAAGCUGACAGUACUACAAUUACCAUAACUUGUUACUAUUACCUUACUUAACACCGUUUCAACCUGGACAGUUUGGAUCUUUUUAAUGUUAGGUAACAUAAAUACAUAUACCCUUACCACGCACACAACAGAGUACCAUUUGCAGAAAUCAUGGAUAAGCGUAGUGAUGAAGAAAGGGCUUAGUGAAAACAAAUAGAUAACGUUUUAAAAACAACUAGUAAAACAAACUCAACAUCAACAUAAAAAGAGAAAACCGAAAACUAUCAUCACAUUGCGAGAAAAUGAAGUAAAAAAAGAAAUCAUAUAGAGAUAUAUCCUCUGUUACAGCAAGUUAAAACGUAAAUUAUGCGAUAUUAUGAAAACAUUACUUACAUAGAAAAAAACAGCAACAACAGAUAAUGUGAGAAAGAAGGAAAGAUGAGUUUGAAAAAUAUACAAGGUACAUAUUUGAAUUUAAAUUAA